GACUAACAAUGAAGUGUUAGUUUCCUGGCCCUCAUGGAAUUGGCUUCCUCUCUUGCCUCUGCCUUUGAUCCAAGCCCACUGCAGGACACUUGUGUUGCCAUUGAUGACCCCAAGGCUGCUGUAUUUGUAAAUGGAAAGUUCUGCAAGAACCCAAAUCUGACUGUGGCCGAGGAUUUCUUCUUUCAAGGGCUGAAUAUUCCAGGAAACACAGAAAAUCCACUGGGGUUUAAUGUCACUACUGUAAAUGUUGAUCAAAUACCAGGACUUAACACUCUUGGGAUAUCACUGGUUCGUAUCGAUUAUGCACCCUAUGGUCAAAACCCUCCUCACACUCACCCUCGUGGCACUGAGAUCAUCACUGUCUUGGAGGGAACACUCUACGUAGGCUUUGUCACAUCCAACCCUGAAAACCGCCUCAUUAGCAAACUCCUCAACAAGGGGGAUGUUUAUGUGUUCCCUAUUGGUCUUAUUCACUUCCAAUUCAAUGUCGGGCACGCUAACGCAGUUGCCAUUGCUGCUCUAAGCAGCCAAAAUCCAGGUGUAAUCACGAUAGCCAAUGCAGUCUUUGGUUCAAACCCACCCAUCAAUCCUGAUUUCCUUGCAAAGGCCUUCCAGUUGGACAAGAAGGUGGUUGAAUACCUUCAAGCACACUUCUAGUGGGAAAAUAUAGAAAAAGAAGAAGCUAUAAACCUUUGAUUUACUUGCUUCAAUGAAUACUUAUGAUGUUCAAUUCCCUCAUUAUAAGCAUAAUAUGAUAAGAGGGUCUAUUUGUAACUUCUGGUGUGGACUUAGGUCAUAUAUAUUAUUAAAAUAAAGCAGUUUUUGUUAA